UCGCGCCCGCUUCUCUCUCGGGUGAUCCGGCCGAGUGGCCCUGGGUUAGCCGCUGCUGCAUUUCCCCGUCUGGCUGCGGUCACUGGCGUCAGUGCUUAGGCGCCCGCCGCCCUUGACCUUCGGCCCCGCGAGCCCUAACCCUACAGCGCAGGAGGAUCGGCCGCUGCGGCCAGGCUCUGAUGCUGGUGUCUUGUAGAAGAAGGUUGCUCACAGCUCUGCUGCAGGCUCAGAAGUGGCCCUUUCAACCCUCCAGAGACAUGAGACUAGUGCAGUUCCAGGCACCCCACCUGCUGGGGCCUCACUUGGGCCUGGAGACAGGGAAUGGUGGAGGGGUUAUCAACCUCAAUGCCUUUGACCCCACACUCCCGAAGACGAUGACGCAGUUCCUAGAGCAGGGAGAGGCCACCCUCUCAGUGGCAAGAAGAGCCUUGGCUGCCCAGUUGCCAGUCCUACCACGGUCGGAGGUAACCUUCCUGGCUCCAGUCACACGGCCAGAUAAGGUGGUGUGUGUGGGCAUGAAUUAUGUGGACCACUGCAAAGAACAGAACGUGCCCGUGCCCAAGGAGCCCAUCAUCUUCAGCAAGUUUGCCAGCUCCAUCGUGGGGCCCUAUGAUGAGGUGGUCCUCCCACCACAGAGCCAGGAGGUAGAUUGGGAAGUGGAACUGGCCGUGGUCAUUGGAAAGAAAGGCAAGCACAUCAAGGCCACAGAUGCCAUGGCCCAUGUGGCUGGCUUCACUGUGGCUCAUGACGUGAGUGCUCGUGACUGGCAAAUGAGACGUAAUGGGAAACAAUGGCUGCUGGGAAAAACCUUCGACACCUUCUGCCCUCUGGGCCCUGCCUUGGUGACCAAGGACAGUGUAGCAGAUCCACACAACUUAAAGAUCUGCUGCCGAGUGAACGGGGAAGUGGUCCAGAGCAGCAACACCAACCAGAUGGUAUUCAAGACAGAGGACCUGAUAGCCUGGGUCUCCCAGUUUGUCACCUUUUACCCAGGGGAUGUCAUCCUGACUGGGACCCCCCCAGGUGUUGGUGUAUUCAGGAAACCUCCUGUCUUUCUCAAGAAGGGGGAUGAAGUCCAGUGUGAGAUUGAAGAACUAGGUGUCAUCAUCAACAAGGUGGUGUGAUGGCUCCUGCACAGGCCCUGCACGUAGGAUGGGGGCAUCUGCUCCCACUCAGCCUAGCCCAGGGAAAGUCCCAGUGACAGGUGUGGGCAGGCGCCAGCCCUGCAAGCCGCCUCUUCUCAGUAGAAGGGAGAAGGACAGAACUAUCUUCAAUAAAUUCAUCGGGUCAAAGCAGCA